CGUAUGCACAGUUCAGUGUGUCGUCGGCGACUUCCUUUCCUGUCAAAUUUUGUCGACAAAGAUGGCUAUCGGCAGAUUUCCGAAGAUUAUCAAGCCUGGCGGCGCGGAUCCCGAUGAGUUUGAGAAGUCGAUUGCCCAGGCGCUUGUUGAGCUCGAGGCCAACAGCGACCUGAAACCCUAUUUGCGUGAUCUGCACAUUACCCGGGCGCGUGAGAUUGAGUUUGGCAGCAAGAAGGCCGUCAUCAUCUACGUGCCCAUUCCACAGCAGAAGGUGUUCCAAAAAAUCCAGAUCAUCUUGGUGCGUGAACUUGAGAAGAAAUUCUCUGGCAAGCACGUCGUGGUCAUUGGCGAGCGCAAGAUCCUUCCCAAGCCCACACGCAAGGCUCGCAACCCACUGAAACAAAAGCGUCCACGCUCGCGCACUUUGACCGCUGUGUACGAUGCCAUUCUUGAGGAUUUGGUAUUCCCAGCUGAAAUUGUGGGCAAACGCAUCCGCGUCAAGUUGGACGGCUCCCAGCUGGUGAAGGUACAUCUGGACAAGAACCAGCAGACCACCAUUGAACACAAAGUCGAUACUUUCACAUCGGUUUACAAGAAGCUUACUGGCCGCGAUGUUACCUUUGAAUUCCCUGAUAACUACCUGAAUGUCUAGAGUGUUCAGCAGGCAACGUCGACUCGACUAGCAGCAACAACAAAUCUGUUGUACAGAAAAUGAGUUUUUACGUGAGCUGAGAAACGUAACGUAAAUUAAAUAAAGCCCAACACAUUUUUAAAAAUUGA